AUGGAGUACUUCCAAUCUGAUUUGUUCGACACCAAGGUCACAGAUCUCAUGGACCAGCUCCGCGUGCCGGGCCUGUCCAUUGCCGUCCUCCACGGCAACAAAACAGCGUCCAAAGCAUACGGCGUCAUCUCCGUCGCCUCGAACACACCCUGUACCGCCAACUCCCUCUUUGACAUUGCCUCGUCCUCCAAGAUCCUGACCGCCAUCUCGGUCGCCCUGCUCGUCGAGGACGCCAAGCAUCCCAGCGUCACGUUUGACACGCCCGUCACCCAGCUACUCUCGGACGACUUCGUCCUGUCUGAUGCCGAGUACACCAAGAGCGUCACCAUUGACGACAUGCUCAGCCAUAGAACCGGUCUGCCCAGGCAAGAGCACAUUCUGCCGAGCCAUCGCCUAGUCGAGACUGAUGAAACAAACAAAUCAAGCCAUGAUAGUUCGUACUUUGGCGUCAACGCGGAGCGGCCCGACGACGCCCGCUCCGUCACCCGUAAUCUGCGUAAUCUGCAACUCGUCGCACCUAUCCGCAGCCGUCACAUUUACAGCAACAUCAUGUACACCGUCGCGACGCACCUCGUCGAGACACAGACCGACAUGUCCUUUUCCGACUUUCUCGCGGCCCGCCUCUUCGCACCCCUACACAUGUCCUCGUCCAGCCUGCAACCCUCUGAAAGUCGCCAGCGCGGUUUUGGCGAGCGCAUCUCCUCCGGCCACAUCGCCGGCGACUACCUCAAGCUCGUCCGGGCCUUGCUGCGCCACCAAGAGCAGCCCAUCACGGAGCAGGUAUACAACGGCGUGACCAAGAUCCGCUCGCUGCCGAACCCUCGCGCCGCGGGCCCGCAGCCGCUGUCGUCGCCGAGUCUCUACUGCGCCGGCCUAGGGGUUCAAUACUACCGCGGCCACGCCGUCUUCGGCCACAGCGGCGGCGUGCCCGGCUUCGGGAGCCGCUUCUUCUUCGUGCCGAGCCUGCAGCUCGGCGCCGUGCUGCUCGGCAACGCCUUCGAGGCCGCCACCGUGGCAGUACACUUGCAAAAGGCGCUCAUUGACAGCAUCAUCCUAGCAGACGCAAUAGAGACCGCAGAAGUCGAGCCCGUCACCUGCGGCCCUGCAUCAUCGUCGUCAGAGUCCAAGGCGGUGGAGAAGGAGGAGACGGAGCCGCAAAAGAUGCCGCUGACGGCCUACACGGGUCACUACUGGAACCCCGGCUACCGCGGCUUUCACAUACAGAUCCGCGACGCGCGGCUCUUCGUCGACGCGAGCGACCGUUCCUUUUCGGCGACGCUGACGCUCCGGCACGUCUCGGGGCAGACCAACUACCUGGCCUACGCGCAGGCGGCAGACAACUUUGGCGGCCUGCCCGUGGAUGAGCCCAUGCGGGUCGAGUUUGUGUUUGACAAUGACAGGGCCGUCAAGUUCGGGCUGAUCCUGGAUCCGGACCUUGAUCUCAUCUGGUUUGAUAGGGUUCAUGCCGAAGCUACAUCCUAUGUGUUUGUCUAG